GAGUCCUUCUUGCUGCAUUAAAAGUACCACAUCAAAACUGGCCGUUGAAUUUAAGAAUAAAUUAUUGGCUGGAAAAUUACUGUAGCCUAACACUUUUUGAGAAGCAUUCAUUCUUAGACGCGUUCUUCUUCCUUCUGGACGGGCCAGCUAGCAUCAGAUUAAAAUAGUUAAAUAAUUUAAAAUUGUACUCGCUAAUCCUUUCAUCAAGCAUGUUCGAAGCAUGCUUGGAUCGAGGACUAACUCUGAAGAAAGUUUUGGAUGCUUUGAAAGACCUUAUUUCAGAAGCGUGCUCGAAUGUGAAUUCUGCGGGAAUUUAUCUUCAAAGCAUUAACCCAUCUCAUGUGUCCCUCGUGCAAUUUAACCUGCGCAGUGAUGGAUUCAAAAUAUAUCGCUGUGAUCGCAAUCUCGCUAUAGGAGUUAAUGUGGCCAGCUUGUACAAGAUAGUGAGAUGCGCAGGGAACGAGGACACCGUCACCCUCUGUGUUCGUGACAACGCAGACAGUCUUUUCUUGACUUUUUUUUCAGAAAAUCAGGAGAAGGUCUCAGACUACGUCAUGAAGUUGAUGGACUUGGAUGUGGAGCAGCUAUGCAUUCCAGAGCGGGAUUACAGCUGUGUGGUGAGGAUGCCAUCUGAGGAGUUUGCUCGCAUUUGCAGACACAUGACUCAGAUCGGAGAUGCUGUGAUGAUUACCUGUGUAGAGGGAGGGGUCUUGUUUUCUGGUAGUGGUAAGCUGGGCACCGGGAACAUCAAGCUGUCCCAGAACUCCAGCGUCGAUGAGGAUGAGGCGGUGAUUGUUGAGAUCAAUGAGCCUGUUCAGCUCAUCUUUGCCCUCCACUACCUCAACUUCUUCACCAGAGCCACACCUCUCUCUAAGACCUUGUGGCUCAGCAUGUCAGCUGACAUCCCACUAGUGGUGGAGUACAAUAUCAAAGACAUGGGACACAUCAAGUAUUUCCUGGCUCCUAAAAUUGACGAGGACUCAUCCUAACCUCAGUCAGACAUCUGGGACGGACUUGUGGAUCAGGUGUUACAUGCUACAUGGCUGCUUGUUCAGUGUAGUCUAUAAGAAUGUUCUCAGUCUUAUUUGAGAUGGGGCAAAAGCAAAAACAUCAUGCAAAAGAUAUUUUUCAUUUAUUAGGUUUAAAAUAAUUUAAAACCAAGAAUGUUUACAAAAUGUUCAGAUAAAACAUAUCACUA